AUGCGGCUCCUUGUGGUGCAGGCCCUGGUGGCCCUGUGCGUCCUGCACCUGCCGCUCAGCAGCACCCAGGACUGCCUGAGCAAGCACCAGGUGCUCAGCACCAUUCAGCAGAUGCAGAAGCUGCUGUCCACGCAGGAGGCCGCCCAGCUGCAGGGAAUGCGCAGCCUCAGGAAGCAGCUCACGGUCCUGCAAAGCAACGUCCACAAACAGGCCACCGGGCAAAACGGUAUCAGCCACUGUGCCAGCAACCCUUGUGCCAACAGUGGGACCUGCGUGGAGGACGUGCAGCGGUUCACCUGCUUGUGCCCCAGCAGCUGGUCAGGCAGGAACUGCCAGACCCCUGUCUACUACUGGAUGACACCGAGCAACUCGUCCUUCAGCCGCCAGCCCCGCUGCGCAGACACCCGCCUGCGCUCGCGCUACUGCACCUGUGACGCCGGCUUCCAGCUGCGGGCUGGCAGCGUGUGCCAAGAUGUUGACGAGUGCCAGCUCUCCCAGGCCAGCUGGCAGACCCGCCUCUGCGCGCACGACUGUGUCAACCUGCCCGGCUCCUACCGCUGUGUCUGCCCCCGGGGCUACCUGCGCCCCUCAGACCAGAACAUGUGCAUCGAUGUGGACGAAUGCGCCAACAAUCAGCACAACUGCAGCCGUGGCGAGCUCUGUGUCAAUGUCUUCGGGGGCUACCGGUGUGUGCGCCCCGAGUGCCCCGAGCCCAGGCUCAACACCAGCUACGUCAAGACCUCAGUCCAUCAGUGUGCGCGCAACCCGUGCCCUGUGAACAGCAGAGCCUGCCGCCUGGCCGCCAACUCCAUCUCCUUCCACUACCUGCCGCUCCAGUCCAACCGCACCGUGCCCAGGGUGCUCUUCAAGAUGUCCACCACCCACCUGAUGGGCGAGAGCCUCCGCUUCACCAUCACAGGUGGCAGGGGCCAGGGCGUCUUCGCUGUGCGGCGCUCUGACCGGCACACUGGCGAGCUGAUCCUCACCAGCCUGGUGGUGGGGCCGACCACUUUGGAGGUGGAGCUGGAAAUGAGCAAACUCGCCCAGAAGGUUCUUCUUGGGAAGCACAUCUUCAGGGUCACGGCCUUCAUCUCCCAGUAUGAGUUCUGA